AUGACGAAUAAUAAUAUUCUGUGCGAAAUUAAUUGGGACGAUGGCUUCGAUAUUCCUGUGGCAAACGCAGAGAACAAAUCUCUGGAAGAUGAAGUACAAAAGAAGCAGAAGGAAAAAGUUAACCUCGAAAGCCAGCUGACUAAUAUUGAGGACCGCAUCCAUGCAAUGACAGUGCAUCUGCAGAACGUUCAUCAGGAGUUAACUAAUACACAGUCUUUACAAAAAGCACGAGAAAAAGAACUUGAAACUGAACAGCAGUUUAAGCUCCUUGCAGAGCGGGAGAUGGAACGUCUCAAACAAGAGAUUCGGCGGCUUGAAAAUGACAUGGCUGUAUUGAGAGAGAGAAAAAAUAUUAUGGAGAAUAACAUCUAUAGGUACACACAGAAAAUUGAAGAUUUGAAAUGUCAGUUGAACUGGGACAAGCAAGCUUUGGAGGCCUGGCUGGAAGAGUCAACCAAAACAGAUGAAGAUGCAAUCACCAUCCAGAAGUAUGCACAAGAAGAUGAAGGAAAAAUCAGGGAUAUUACAGUACGACUGGAGAGGAUGACUAUGGAAGCAAAUAAAAAGUGUAAACUACUUGACAAUGAAAUGACUGAAACAAUUGCAGCUCAGAUGGAACUGGACAAAAUAGCACACGACUUUCGCAGAUCCCACAGUGAGAGGCAAGAACUCAUUAGCCAAUGGCAGGAUACUAUUGAACAGAUGCAGAAAAGAGAUCAGGAGAUGGACAAGUGUGCCUUGUCGCUAGCAGAGGUGAAACAGGAAAUACGAGAGCAAGACGCAGCCCUCAAUGAGAAAAUCCAGUUCCUUAAGAAUGAGACUGAAAACAAUAAAGAAUUUGAAAAAAAGAUUUCCGGAAAUCAACGUCUCUCAGCUAAACUUCGAUUAGAGUAUCAAGAGCAUGAGACAAACCGUCUUCAACUACAAAAUGAGCUUGACACCUUAAAAAGCAGAGUGGACAGAACUGCAACUGAUCUGGAAACAGUAAGAAGCCAAAUAACAAAUCUGAAACGACAAAACAUGGACAAAUCCUACAAAUUAAUGAAUGCUAAAGAGCAAAACAAAGCCCUUGAGGAAAAACUCAAAGCUACAAUUGAAACAAUGUUGAGUUCUGAGGAACAAGUGGCUAGAAUGGAGAAGACACUGAAAAAUGAAGAGAACAGUGUAAAGGAACUUGAGGAACAGAUGAAGUACCUGAAAGAACAGAAAUUUAAGAGGAGUGAGGAGUUAUACUCCUUGACUGGUACAGUGAGAACAGUUGCAAACCAAAUAUCAGGAAAUAAGACAACACUCCGCAACCUUAACAGUCGAAUUGACAAACUUGACCAUGACAGUAUCAAGCAGCAGGAAGUAAUUUACAGCCAGGAUUUUCAAAUCCAGCAGCUGGAGCGAAGGUUGGCCAAGUUAGAAGGAAAUGUGAGCAGUAAUGAAAAUGAGUUGCUAGGGGAAAAGGUAGCAGAACUCUCAAAAAACCUGGACGAGAAGAAAAGCACAGUGAACCUAUUGAACGCACAGCUUAAGAAACUCCAGAAUGAUAGUCAGCAUUUGAGCAGGCAGUUAGACAAGUGCAGAGAGGAGAAAACUGAUUUGACCAGUAAAAUAGAAGACAUCCAUCUUCACAUUGAAACUGGAGAAAAGGAGCUAAAAAAGAACAAACUCAUUGAACAGGAUUUAAUGAUUGAAGAUAACCUUUUAAAGUUAGAGGUUAAGCGUCUACGGGACAUGCUCCACGACAAAGCAGAUGAUGUGCUAUCUUUAGAGAAACGAAAAAUGCAGCUUGAGACAGCAAUGAAAGAGAGGACUGAAGAAAUCAAAAUUCACAUGGAUGUACUGCAAAUGCAGAUCAAGCACAUUGAGCAGGAACAGCAAGGUAUUAGUGCUGAAUUACAUGAAAGGUUAUCAAAAAUUGAUAAAAUGAAGAAGAGAUAUGAACUUUUGAUGGUUACAAUGAAACCUCCUGAGGGUGAAGAAGAACGAUCUCAGGCAUAUUAUGUCAUUAAGGCUGCACAAGAGAGAGAGGAACUUCAAACUCAGGGGGAUGAGCUUGAUGCUAAGAUUUCCAAAGGUGAAAAAGAAUUAAGAGCCCUGGAGAAUACAUUACAGCUGCUCAACAAUCAAAAUGCAACAUAUCAAAAAUCUUUCAGCAGGGUCACAGAAACAAGUGAAGAAUUUGAGGAUAAAUUAAAGCUGGAGGAACAAAAAAGGGCCAUUGAUGAAAAAUACAGAUAUAAACGCAGACAAAUACGAGAGCUUCAAGAGGACAUUCAAACUAUGACAAACACCUUAGACAAUCUGUUAAGGGAAGAAUCAGCACUCCAUCUGAUGGCUGAAGAGCAACAGGACAAAACCGUUCAUCUUACGAAGGAGUUGGAGGAUCAGAAACUCAAACUGGAAAGAGUGACAAAACACUGCUCUAAAGUAGUCAGAGAUAUUCAUUCUGCCAAGAAAACUCCAGGAGAAACCCAAGAGGAACAAGAUAUCGAUCUUCGUGAACUACGAGACUUUAACAGGUCAUUGAAUAAGCUAUUAGCGUAUGCAGUGGAUGAUUGUCCAAGUUUGGCUGCAGAUCUUCAAUUUUACUUUGACCAGGCUUGUUUACCAUUACCAACUGUUCCUACACCACCAAGCAGUCAUCAGAGUUCAAGAACACCAUCUGUUUGCAGCUCUGGAUUGUCCAUAAGAUCUUUUACCUCUUCUCGAAGCAGUACUGGCUCACGGAGUCAACAAACUACUGUGGCAACAGUUAAUCUGGAUCUGGGUCUAACUGGACCUUCUCCACCACAUAGUGCAUUGCCCCCAGGAACUCGGUCUAGCAGCGUAAAAAGUUGGUCUUCUCAUGCCCACAGCCAUAAGAGCCAAUAGCCGACUGAAUCAAGAAGUUAUGAUUUACCAAGAGAUUUUAAAUUAAUGGUUAAAAGCACUAAACAAAAAUUAUAGCAGUAUGUCUUCAAUACUCCUCCAUAUAUAGAAUAUUACAUUUUAGAAGUCCAUAGUGUGCAGCAUAACCAACAGUAUAUGUAACAAUUUCUUGAGAAUGAAAAUAAAUGCACAGAUUCAAACCUGGUUUUCAAUUUUA